AUGAAUCUCAACCCUUUAGGGCCUGAAAAUUUUGAGAAUCUGGAGGGUGGAGUGCGGAAUACAGGAGUCGAGGCUAUCUCGCAGGUGAUGCGGAUGACGUUUGUGCUGGUUCCUGUUGCCGGAGGCGUUAUUUUCAUGAAGUGGGAGAAGCUCUUCGGACAUCACGCUGCGGUGGAUGGUUAA